CACACUCAGUCGCUGUGCUCUGACGGAUGGGGAUACACUGCCAAGGAGGACUUAGGGGCGAGAAGAGAAGUGUUUCUUUUCUUCUCUGGUGUGUUUUCUUUCUCUUCCGUCUGGCUUCCCUCAUGAGCUGUUAAUUUAAGCCCCGGUCCUGAGGAUGAGGAGGAUCUAUUUGUGAGGAAGUCGCAACAAAGGAAGAGGAAACCAGGAGCAACAGGGUGGUAAAUUCUGCGAGCGAGAGUGAGCGAGAAGACCUUUUCUUUUUCUCCAGGCUCGAGCAAAGGAGCCCUGACUCUCAGCAGCAGCCAUGUGAGAGGAGCUGUCAACAUGCAAAGGAUGCCCAUACCUAGCUAAAGCAGAGCAGCCCCCCCCCCCCCUCCCUACCUCCUGCUCCCUCCCUCCUUCCCACAUGAGGACGAGAAGAUGACUAUCACCAACCGGCAGUCCUUCAAUGUCCUGACGGUCAUCUUUCUCCUGCUGUCCACUGCAGCCCUUUCAGCUCAUUAUCGAGUGUGUGAACCCUACACCGACCACAAGGGGCGUUACCACUUCGGCUUUCAUUGUCCACGCCUCUCAGACAACAAGACCUACGUGUUCUGCUGCUACCACAACAACACCGCCUUCAAAUACUGCUGCAACGAGACAGAGUUCCAGAUGGUCAUGCAGAUCAACCUCACCACCACCUCAGAUGGUUAUGCACACAAUAAUUAUACAGCCCUGGUCGGCGUGUGGAUCUACGGCUUCUUUGUCAUGGUGCUGCUGGCGCUGGACUUUCUCUACUACUCAGCCAUAAACUACGAGCUGUGCCGGGUCUACCUGGAGAAAUGGGGUCUGGGAGGACGCUGGCUAAAGAAGGCUCGAAGUCAGUGGCACAGGUCCAUGCCAGAGGAGAGCGAAUCCCAGGUUCAAGCCCAGCCCAUGGUCCCCAGCCACUACCAGCCCAGACACAGCCUCAGAGGGGAGAGCCACAGCCCCACACUCCUGCCCUACAAUACAUCCACUGCAUGAAUGAUGCACCGAUUGGAAAACUGAAGAGUAGCAACACCUUGUUUCCUUACGUGGUACAGAAGAGAUGUCCCACAGAUGCCAUCUCUCCGGACCACAGACACAACCACCAGUGGUGGGCUAGUCCCACUCUAGUAGUUAGAAGUGACUACUGCCCCUUUCUAAUGAGCACAAAACACCCUUGGAGUAACAGGAGCAGACUGAUGUGGCGUUUAAAAACUCAGCUGAACAAAGACUGCCAAGAGACAAAGAGGACCUUACUACUGCUGCUGCCACGGCAGAGGAGCAACACAUCCAACUACAGGUGGUUCAGUGAUCCCCUGAAAUGGUGGCCUAGGCCUGAAGGAUCCCUAACAGAUCCGAGCUGAACUCGAUAAACUGUACUCGCAAGCAAGGAGGCUUGCCGGUUUAAAAAAAAGAAGUUCAUCUUUCUAAAUAUAAAAAAUGUUUAUUACAUUGCUGUGUCUGUUGGUGUUCAGUAGCAGUUACACAGUUAUCUAUUUGGUGAUUUAUUUAUGUGAAUUAGUCAGAGAAAUAUAUGAGUGGUUAACAAUCGGAACAUGUAACAGCUUAGGUUGAUGCUGAGCAUCUCACUUAGAGUAGAAUGUUUUUUGUUUUGAAAACCAGAUCAAAAUGUCUUUGCAGCCAUGUUGAAAAACAAUACCUUGUAUGAAAUGUUGUAGGUCUCCUUUCUGCAAAAGUGACUUCUCUAUAUUGCAACGUGUCUAACAAGGACACAACGCCAUAAUGAUAAACUGCUGUAGAUCUGAAGGUUUAACAUUAAGUCAUCAAGAUUCCUCUUUUGGUUUAGUUAUGGUGAGAAAAGGGGGAUCGUGACUCUCAAUAAGUUAUUCACCCGAAACAUUAAUGAGGAUCAGGGAAUCGUUCACAACAGCAAACAGGUUCAUGCUAAGUUGAACAUUUGUAUAUUGCAUGAGCCUACAAGCCCAUUUGAGACCAUUACUUUUUAGUCUGUGUGAGACAGUUGCCUCGGUAACCUCAUCCAUUGACUUAUUUGCCCUUCCUCAUUACCGGAUCUGCCUGAAACACAGCUCCAUUAGCAAUAUGAUGCAAAUGAAUAUCCAUUUGGUUCCUUUACAAGGAGCCCUCUAUAUCCCACAUUGGUAAUAGACAAUUGUAAGUGUUUAGCCAUAAGAAAAAGUAAAAAAACAACAACAUUAAAACUCCUUCACUGUCAGCAAUAAUGUACAGUAGCUUAACCAGAAGGAAGACAUGUCACGUAAAAGUCAGAGGCGCCAACCAAAGCAGCACUGGGUAAUCAUUGAGGUGUAGCGCAGAGCUUUCAGGGAUUCUCAGUUAUACUAUUAUACUAUUGAUAAUGUAUCAUAAUAAAUUCCUGACAUUUGUGAAAUCAGUAAAACCUUAAAAAUAUGUCAAGUAUGUAAUUGCAAUCAUCUAGACAUACAGUUCAACAGUCCAAUUAACUAUCACAGUAGACAAAAAAAGCAGCAUAUCCUCACAUUUAAGAAGUGUUUGCCAUUUUUCCUUGAAAAGAAUA